CUGGUGGAAGCAAAAACAAAAAAUAUCAUUUACACCCGAUCGGUGUUAUUUGAGGUGAUGCCGAGCGGAAAACACGAUAGCAUUAGUUCAACGUUUGCUGCGACCGAGUGAAAAAUGAGUACCCGGCCAAGCCCUGCUCCGUUCAAGCGUUCGAUUGACGGAUUGUUCAACGUUUGGCUCAAUCUUCGGAACCAAGGCCACGAGAAACCGCUGCGAAAUGCCCUGUACAAUGUGCUCGUCGUCGGUGUAAUAGCGGUGGUGAUCGGCGUGAUUUUGGUGCUGGCACCUUUUUUCAAACCGCUCCUGUGGGCGUUCCUGUUCGGGGCCGUCCUGUUUCCAGCGAAGAAACGUCUCUCCGAGUCGCUGAACCGAUGGAUUGGACGGAUUGAGAAGGAUGAUAAGUACCUGUUGCUCGGUGUGCUUAGUGCACCGGUUUGCUGGGUGGAUUCGCUAGGGGAAUUUCUUACCAGCUGGCUGCGGAAACAUCUGAAGAUUAUUGCCGUGACUCUUGGGGGCCUCAUGUUGCUGCGGUUCAUAUUGUGGCUUACACCGACGGAGGUAUUUUUCUCGAUAUGGAACUUUAUCGUGUGGAACCACUCGCUGUUCCGGUCGCUGCUCAGUUCGCUUUCCCUUCAAAUGGUCGUCGUCAUAUUGAUCGUUUACGUCGUAAGCGUAUACUUUCUCUGGACGCCAGACCAUUCUACGCCGUUCCUGGUGAUCGGGCAGGUCCUGUGGAUGGUGAUCGUUGGCUACGGGAGCAGCUUCCUCGGUGCUCUGCAGGUUCCCGUUUUUUUAGCACUGCUUACGUACGGCGCCAUCGGUUUGGUGUAUAAUUUACAGAAAGAUGAACGCAACAUUCGCUUUAUUGAUAAAUGGCAUAGCCUACUCGACGUCACAAGCUACCGGCUAGAGGAUUCCAUGGCUGCACCAAACGUAACAACGACCGGUGAAACGUCGCGGAUCGAAGAGAUAAAAUCGAAGCUACAGCUCGACGUCACCGCAACGCCGCAGCUUUCCAGCACGAUGAAUGAUGCGUCUGGUGUCAGCACCACCUACCCGGCAAGCAUGCUAAACAACGCGGAAGCACUUGAAAGCGACCUGUACUUCCGUUUGUUGUUUUACGCGUGCGGUGCCACGCUCGUUUGGACGCACACGUGGCUUCUGUUUCUGGGCUUCAUCCCCAUUUGCGCGCACAUCGUGCGGCGGGCGGCCGAAUUUCUGGGCAUUGUGUCGUACGUAUCGCAGAAGAUUCAGCACUACUGGCAUACGCUGAAAGCAUGGCUUUUUCCGCGUCACUCCGCACUCUUGCCACUCUGUUUGCCGGGGAUUCUGCGGCUAAACACGAACAUCCAUCGCUACGCAUGUGCCAAACUGCGCUCCUAUAUCGACGACAUUUGCUCGAUCGUGAUGAUCGGCUUUCUGAUCGUGCUCGUCAUGCUGAUCAGUGUGUUCGCCUUCACGCAAAUCUAUUCCGAAGCGAUCGCGGUGGCCCAGCUUGGCUCUAAUCUGGUCAAUCGAACGCUCAUCCAUCGACCGGAAUUGAUUGAAAUGCUACCCAUCGAUAUGCAAUCGAUGGAUAACAUUAUCGACAACGCGUACAAAUAUGGACGAUCGCAUAUUGAGCAAUAUGUAGAUGGUAUUUUCAACGACACAGAUCCCACGCAGGCAAUCAAGCUGAAAAUGCAAAUACUUAGCGUUUGGGACCGUUUGAUACAAAGCUGGAUGGAUCGAAACAAUGCCGAAGGAAUGGUCGGUCCAAGAGUGCCUGCCCAAGCUAUCCGUAUGACGAUAGAUGAGAUUUUUAUAAAUCCAAUAACUAAAGCUGGACUUAUUGGUUUUAUAAAAAGUAAUUUUGGCAUGCUCUGGGAGGUCGCUGAUUCCUUGUGGAUGCUGCUACGUACAAAUCUGACCCUGCUGCUAUCCGCCGUCGGUACAUUGGUAUCGGCAAUCCUUGGCGGUGGUCAUGCAGUUUUGAAAUUUUUAUUCCACACGAUUAUUUUCUUCACGACAUUAUUUUAUUUGCUGCAAAGCAGCCAGGAUCGCUACUCGCCGACAGCCGUCACCAUCAACAACUCCUGGGGCCCGCGUAUCAUUCAAGCCUUGGAGGAUUCCAUCUCGAGUGUGGUGGUAGCGACCCUAAAGCUGGCCCUGUUCCAUGGGCUUUUUACCUGGCUAACGCACACCGUCUUCGGAGCACAUAUCGUGUACCUGCCGGCCGUGCUUGCAUCCAUCCUAGCGGCGGCGCCGUUCCUCGAGACGUACUGGUGCAGUGUGCCCGCUUUUCUGGACCUGUGGCUCUCACAGGAUCGCUUCUGGCUCGGUGUCAUACUGGUGAUGAUACACUUUAUCGUUCCGUCCAAUUUUAAUCCGAUCAUUCAUUCGGAGAUCAAGGGUGGAGGCCAUCCGUACCUGACUGGUCUGUCGAUUGCUGGGGGCAUGUAUUUGUUCGGCCUAGAGGGAGCUUUGCUUGGACCUUUGCUACUGUGCCUGUUGGUGGUGCUUUUUGAAGUGACCAUCAGUGCUAUCCGAGAUAGCCCAACCACACCACAGACCAGAAAAUCCAGCCUAGAUACGAACAACGAUAUUUAUUCACCCGCUACGACCAAGAAAACUAUCGGACCGUCUGCUGGCUAUUUGAUUCGAACGAAAGAUGGCAAGUUUCUAAACUCUCCGCUGGCCAUGAACUGCACCGCAUCACCCACGUGCAUGACUCUCCGUGGCACACCGCUUGUCUAACUCUAACCUGCGCUUGUCGCUGCGCAAGCAUCUGCUGUGAAACGAGUUUCUCCGCAUCCUGUGGUUUUUAUUUUUCAUUAACUUAGAGCAUAUCAUUUCAGAUUGUAAAUAUAGCAAACAAUACUAUACCA